GUAUCGAAGCGAGCGACUGUCAUCGCUAGUUUGGGUGAACCGCCCGAAAUUGUGCCAGAUUUCCAUUAAACCGGGGUCGGGAGUCCAGAUCCCCGCGAGAAACAGCCAUGUUGAGACCCCAGCCAUCGGUGCCAUUGCCCCAGCCGCCCGGGAAGCGCAAAAAGCCCGCGGAACUGCAGCUGUCGUGCGGAUGGCGCGGCUGCCAGGAGGUUUGCACGGGCGAAUGGAACCUCAAUAGCCACAUUGCCGAGCACCUGGAGCAGUAUGCCCGCGACCAGGACGGCGGCGAGGAGCAGCAUCAGUGCACGUGGAACUGCUGCGACUUCAGCACCGACAACCUGGUGGAAUUCGAGCGGCAUUCGUACUAUCACGGCUACUACCUGCACCUCCUGCUCCAGGGCAAACUGGAGUGCGACCUGCAUCCGGAGAUACCCGCCUGCACUGCGCCCGCCCGCCUCGUGGACAAGCUGCCCCAUCUGGGCCAGAAUUUCCGCUGCGGCUGGACGGACUGCGAGCGGGAGUUCGUCUCGAUUGUCGAAUUCCAAGACCACAUUGUCAAGCACGCCCUGUUCGAGUACGACAUACAGAAGACGCCCGAGGACGAGCGGCCCAAGACCAUGUGCAACUGGACCAUGUGCCACAAGCACAUGGGCAACAAGUACCGCCUCAUCGAGCACAUCAGCACGCACUCGAACAAGAAGCAGGUGGCCUGCUUCCACUGCGGCGAGCUGUUCCGCACCAAGACCACGCUCUUCGACCACCUGAGACGGCAGCCGGAGAACAACACCAACAGCUUCCAGUGCGCGCAGUGCUUCAAGUUCUUCGCCACCAAGAAGCUGCUGAAGAGCCACGUGGUGCGGCAUGUGAACUGCUACAAGUGCACCAUGUGCGACAUGACCUGCAGCUCGGCCAGCUCGUUGACCACCCACAUCCGGUAUCGCCACCUCAAGGAUAAGCCCCUCAAGUGCAGCGAGUGCGAUACGCGCUGCGUGCGCGAAUCGGAUCUGGCCAAGCACAUCCAGAUUGUCCACUCGAAGACGGUGCACCAGUGCGAGCAUCCCGACUGCCAUUACUCCGUGCGCACCUACACGCAGAUGCGAAGGCACUUCCUGGAGGUGCACGGCAACAAUCCCAUUCUGUACGCCUGUCACUGCUGCGAGCGCUUCUUCAAGAGCGGCAAAUCCCUCUCCGCGCACCUGAUCAAGAAGCACGGCUUCCGGCUGCCCUCCGGCCACAAGCGAUUCACCUACCGGGUGGACGAGAACGGUUUCUACCGCCUGGAGACGACGCGCAUCGAGAGUCUGGAGGUCACACAGCAGAUUCUGUCGCCGCAGGUGAAUGUCUCGCUGGAGAUCGAUGUGAAGCCGGGCACCGGCACUUGUUACGAGAUCGUGGAUCCCACAAACACCGAGUACGAGCGCAUCAUCGUCUCGAACGAUCCGAACGAGGCGCAGCUGAUGGGCGAGGUGGUCAUCUCGCUGCCCAGCCUAACGGAGGAGCUGUGAGGCAGCCAGAUGCGCGGAGCCAGCGGCAGCUAACACUUUUGAUCUCGUGUGCCCCCCUAUAAAGUUAAGCACCAGCAGUUAGACCUAAGUAGAAAAUAGGAAAAUGAGGUGACAUGUCAUAACGCCCAGGUACAAAAUGCCCAUGACAAGAUUAAUCAUAGCAAGUAAUCAAAAUCAAGGGGUAACGCCACUCCGCAAUUAGGGAAAACAACUGCCUUUUGGGUAAUAACUACCUUACAGAUAGGAAAAAAUUAAUAUUCCUUUUUUGUUGUAAUCUAAUCUACUAAAAACAAAUUUAACAAGUUGAAAGAUUUAUAGAAAAAUAGCUAGAGUCUAUGUUUUGUUUCUUUCUUAACUAUUUUGUGUACCUAUUACUUCUUAAUUUGUUUGAGAACAUUUUAAAUUCCUUUAUCUCGAAAACAUAUUUGUUGAAAUGUUUUACUUUUGUAUUAAAAAAGCUUACUUGUAGGAUUAAAAAUAAUAUUUUACUUGCUUCUUACCCUAGAACUGGCUAAUACUUGCGUAUUUAUACUAAACCAUUCACCUUUUUCCUAACCAAAUAUUUAAUUUCAAUUAGUUUUCAUAGCUUUAAUUGGUUGUUCCCCCUUAAGUUAAAAAUGCCAAAUCGUAUUUAUGUUUAAUCUUGUCCUCAAAACGUAUUGCGUUGAAGUUCCACAUGGGCUAGUAAUAUUUUUCGCUUAUGAUCAAAACUGAGCGCUAUGUCGUCACCGGAAAAUGCAUUGAUUCUGUACAAUCAUAUCCCUGAACCAUUAUUAUCAUUUAAGGUUGUGCGUGCCUGGCCCUCUGUGUGUGAAGUGUAUGUGAGUGGUUGGCAUUACCCUGCAGUUUCGUUCGUCAGUCAGUCGCCAAAACAACUUCAGUUCUGUAAAUGAAUGCUGUAGAUGAUUUUGGUCAUGAGUGAAUGGUGGAACUGCAGGGUAUCUCUCCCGGAUCGGGAUCCAUUUGUCAUGUAGUCCUAAGCAAUUUGACAGUUUCCAGUAGCAACUUUAUCGAUUAAGGUGUGUAGCCAAUAAAGAAACGAAGCCUAGAAGAGAA